CGAAAUCGGUGGGGAGUUGGUUGAAGCGGGUCGAGUAUCUCCGUUUUACAAGAUCAGACGUCUUAUUUUCCAAGCAGGCUGUCAGUCAGGGAGCACAGAAAUGUAGCACCAAAGCGGCUGCGAACUCACCUUUCCACUGCUCUGCGGCGGGGGUCGGGGCCGAGCAGGCGGGGCCUCUUCCGCGAUGGACCGGGACCCGGACCUCUGAGAGCUCGCAUCAUUUUGCUGCAAGAUUGGCCCAGAGAUCUUGAUGGGGGCUGCCUUGUUCUUCCUCUUUCCGCCGCUUCGCAACGAUAUCUUGAGCCUAUCCCGAUCUUCAGACAUGGUGGGCGAUUGGCACAACAAGGGAUAAAAGUACAAGCCAAAGCCAGAAGCCAGAGGGAUAGACCGGAGGCAAAGUUAAUAGAGAAACGACGGUGUUCUGCUCAACAGAAACACGAGCUUGUGACAAGACAACAAGCGUCAGCCUCCUUGGCUACGGGCGCGCAGGUUGUUGUUGAUGGCUUCAAAUUCACAAGGCCGACUCCCCUCAACCACCAGCGACGUUCCCCUGCGUUUCAACCAGUGGAGCAAGAUGAUGCAGCCGCUUGGACCGUGCGCUUUAAAUACCUACGCUAGCGUUAUCGCCCCGCCUGGACUCUCUGGCCCGGGUCCCGUGGACAGAGCUUGGCAGUGAACCUGGAUCUCGGCCGGCAACGGGAUGAAAAAUUACCAGCGGCACACUGCGAACCUUCAGCAGACUGCAGCUCAGCUCCCACCUCCCACUUUCCACCACCCAUCCAGCCAUCCAUUUCAAGCUACCAUCCGACCCGAUCUCUCCCCGCCUUAAUCUCGGUUUCCAGUUGCGCCCCUCGGCCAGAACCUCGCCAGCUCACUACUUAUCAACCCGCCUCUACCCCUCACCACAAAUAAUAAGCCUCUGUUACAAUGGAAUCUUCAGCGACAAGACCUGCCGUCAUCGCUGUGGCCGCGGUUGCUACUGGUCUCUUGGCCUACGCCGUCUACUUCGACUACCGUCGCCGCAGCAGCGCCGAGUUCAGGAGGGAAUUGCGCCGCAACGACCGCCGCCAGGCUCGCAGCGCAAAGGAGCAGGCCCUCAUCGAUGCCGAGGCCCAGAAGCAAGCCAUCUACCUCGCCGUAGACGAAGCCAAGGCCGAGGGCUUCCCCGACAACUCGGAGGAGAAGGAGGCCUACUUCCUCGAGCAGGUUCAGAUCGGUGAGACCCUCGCCGCCGACCCCUCCAAGGCUCUCGAGGCCGCCCUCGGCUUCUACAAAGCUCUCAAGGUCUACCCCACCCCUGGUGACCUGAUCAACAUCUACGACAAGACUGUCUCCAAGCCAAUCCUCGACAUCCUCGCCGAAAUGAUCGCCUACGACGGUGCGCUCAAGAUUGGCACCAACUACACCGGUCCCCCCGGCGUCGACAUGGCCGCCCUGAUGCGCGAGAUGGAGGAGAUGGGCGUCAACCCAGCGGACAUGGAUUAAACCACUUUUCUCCGACAACAAGACCAACACGAUCUGGAAACGACGAUAAAGAGCCCAAAAAAUGGACAAGAUGACGACGGCUGGACUAGGAUAUGGGAGAGCACCUGUCGCGUCGGGAAGGGAAAGCAAAAAGUCAGCCAGGAGAGAAACGGGAGGACCUCGGCAUAUCGCGAUCGAGACAACGGAACUGUCAUUUUACGGGCGCGCAAGCAAGAAACACAGUCAACAUAACACUCUACUCGGCGAAAACGGCAAUCUCUCUCUGCUCUGAUUUUGUUUUUCCCAUCCAGGCACAGGGGUGGGAGACGGAUUCGAUUUAUCCCUUCCUUUUUUUUGGUUUAAAAAGAGAGGGGAGUGUAUAAAAGACGCUUGUACAUAUAGACAAAAUAUCAUGGGAUGAUGAUGAUGGGUAAGGUAGUGCGGGCCGGGAGG